AUGAACCCCUUCAGCUCAAAGAUCCUUGUCUUCGUUUGUCUCCUUCUCAGCUUAUUCACCACUGCUUCCAAGAAGCGCAAGUGUCGCGCUACGCUGAACUCAGACGCAUGGGGCAACUCUUGGGAAAAAGCCAAUGUCAAAUGGAAGAGCGCUAAACAUCAAAAGGAAGGAGUAGUCGAGGCCACGAUUCACGGUCGCAUGAACAUUCCAACGAAUGAGGGUUCGACUAUCAAAUCUCAUGUCUGCUACGCAACUUUGAAAGUCAACAUCACGGAUUGCUCAAUAAUCCUCGGGAAAAAUGCCACGACUGACCAGGGAUGGGAUCUGCACCGCUCACCGAUAUAUCGAAACCAGGACACAUGGAAUUGGAACGAGACACUUACCUUUCGACCGGAUUGUCCAGAAAACAUCCACGUGGAAGUCUUUGAGGCUUAG